AUGGGAUUUACCGAACAACUCAAUAGUCGUAUUGAUAGUCUGAUUGCUCGAUGUCAACGAUUUCGAUUCGAUUUUAUGGGUUGUCGAAAAGAUGAUUUUCGCCUAUGCAUAAGUCUAUUUCCAUCAUUGAUCGACAAAAUCAGAGAACUAGCUUUAUCAGAAUGGAAUGCACCAGGUCAAAUUCAUUCUUUUCUAUCUUUCUUUCCAUCGUUCAAACCAUUCAUUAAUCUUCGGACGUUAUAUUUUCAUUUUGAUACUGCGACAAUUGAUUCGACACAGCGAACAUAUCAUCAGUAUACGACUGGAGCAAUAUGGUUAAAAGAUUAUUUUAUUUACCAAUGUUAA